ACUCAUGACACCUGCUGGGCAACAGUCGGGCUGCCGGGAAAACCGGAAGGGCCUGUACUACUGUUGACUAAGUUCAGAUUGGUCGUCCCAAGAAUACAGUAGCAGGCGGCAUUGGUCGUCAUUGCCGCUCAGCCGUCACUGUUGCGACGUUUUGAGGGUCGCAUUGGAUUAGUUGAGGAACGGAGCUUGCGCACCGGUAGAAGCAUUCCUUUGCAAGGGCCGGAAAUUAUACUAUGUUCGCUUUUCGCCCCGUAAGCGUGGCCAUGGCUCAUCGUUGGACUGCUGACGGAGUGGACUAAGAAAUCACAAACAAAAAAAACUAUCGUUUUCUGUGAAGCUCUUUUUUUUGUUUCCGCGGAAGACUCCGCCGAUGGUCCGGCUUCCCCCCGCGCAACCCAUUCCGCGGAAAAUGCGCGACUCGCGAUCCCUACGGCAUGUGGACGAGUUUGAAAGACUGGCGGCCGAAAACGACGCGGACAGCGUCGCCGGCCGUCGCACGGACGACGCCGGCGACGGCGACGGCGACCCCUCCUCGUCGCCGCCCGCGGCAUCUGCGACCGCGAGCGACGUUGAGGCGCCCGUGCGAAUUCGCACGGUGCAUUACGACGCGCGACGGGAGACGGAUUACGUGAUCGUGGUUCACGGCACGUUCGACGCGCCACCCGCGGACGGCACGCGCACGUGGUACCAGCCUCCCGCUCCGGGGGAGCAGAACUUCUGCGCCAAGAUGGGCGCGCUGCUGGCGCGCGGACCCAUCGGCGCGGGGAGCGUCUGGCGGGAGCUUCCGCCCGAGUUAGCGUCGCAAGGGGCAGGAACGCAGGGAGCUGAGUCGCAUGGCGUCGCCGAGUCGUCGUCAGGGACAGUGUCGCAGGUGGCAGAAUCGCAGGGAGGCGAGGGGUCGCACGUGGGGGAGUGGCAGCGCAUGGUGGGCGGCGACGUGCCUUACCCGUUCUUCUGGGACGGCAGCAACACGCACGAGGGACGUGUGAAGGCCGCUGAGAAGCUCGCCCGCUUGUUUGACCUGAUAGCGCGCAGCGACCCGUCAGCUCGCAUCCACGUUAUUUCCCACUCCCAUGGGGGCAACGUGCUGCUUAAAGCCACAGAGCUGUACAUGAAGAAGCUUCCUACCGAGUCUUUGAGCAGCCUGCACCCGGCGAUCAGGAAGCGCUUCUGGGCGGCGCACAGGCGCGGAUUCGAUAUGGUGAAACCCCUGUCCAACGCGCUGGGCUCCCUCGUCUUCCUGGGCACGCCCUUCUACGUCAAGAAGUGGGAGCGCAACGGGAUACGGUGGCUGGUGGUGGGCACGGUGGCCAGCAUCGUGGUGACGCUGGUGGUGAUGUGGGGCUAUGCGAUGCUCGUCUCGUUUGCCAUCCGCAGUAUCGUCAGCCAUCAGACAGUGGACGCGCCCUACAUAGCGCCACUAAUCGCAUCGGCCCUCAUCCUGGUCUUUGCCACCAUCAGCGUCAGCAUCGAGCUCUCCCGCAGUGCAGCCUUCUACAGCGGCAACAUCUACCAUGCUCCGGACUUUGAUUGGUCGCCUGCCAUGUCAGCACUGGUCGUCCAUGCUGGCAAGCUUGAUGAGGCCAGCCUGGCACUCAGUUCCGAGCCUAUCGCCCGAGCCUACGUCUUUCCGCACCUAGCCAACAUGCUCAAGCUGCCCUUCUGGAAGAGCCUCCCCCAGCUGCCACCCAAAGGCGCCCUCGCAGUCGACUGGCUCCUUUUUUUCGCCACCUUCGGGCGGAUCCUUCUGUGGAACAUAAUUUUCAUCCUGCCAGCGAUUUUCAUCUCUCUGGCGUCCCAUGUGGUGGCGCCGAUGGUGAUAGGGGUGGUACGGAACGUGAUCGUGACCAUCAGCUUUGGCCUGGCUCAAAACGAGCUGAGCUUCGCCCAUGUCUUCAUGGAUGAGAUUCUGGACCUCGGACUUUCUUCCCAACACGUGGAGCACUGGAACGUGCAGGUGAGAGGCUGGGAAAGUGAGCGCAUGUUGGGGACUUGCAGUGAGCUGAGCUUCGCUUAUGUGCUCAUGAAUGAGGUGCUGGACCUGGGGCUGUCCUCCCAGCACGUGGAGCACUGGAACAUACAGGUGGGAAGGUGAUGGGAGUGUAAGGGAGCUUCUCAGUAUGCAGGUGCGUGAUUGUGACCAUCAGCUUCGGCCUGGCGCAGAACGAGCUGAGCUUCGCCCAUGUCAUCAUGGACGAGAUUCUGGAGCUGGGGCUGUCUUCCCAGCACGUGGAGCACUGGAACGUGCAGGUGAGGGGAGAAUGGGAGUGUAAGGGUACUAAACUGCGGAGUUUGGCAUGGCACAGGCUCAGAGCGAGCUGAGCUUCGCCCAUGUGGUCAUGGAUGAAGUUCCAUGUGGUCAUGGAUGAAGUUCCAUGUGGUCAUGGAUGAAGUUCUGGGCCUGGGGCUGUCCUCCCAGCACGUGGAGCACUGGAACGUGCAGGUGAGAGAAUAGAAGUGAUGGGUACAAACAAGUGAGUACUGGUGGCUGCGUAGAUACCAGGUGCCUAUGAUCGGAAAGGAAUAGGACUGUGAGGGUGCAUUUGAUUUUGCAGAUGAGUGAAUCGGAAAACCAGACAUUGGACUGUGCAGUGGUUAUUAAGUGCUUCGUGGGAAGACCA